CCGGGGGCGGCGGCCGCGGGAAGGAGGGAGGGAGGGUCCGGGAGCCGCCAGUAAAGUGCAAUAAAACCAUGAAUCUUCUACAAUGGAGGAUCCCGCACUGCAGGAAUUUGACCGAGAGGAAUAGCUGACUUUCCACUUGGAUCAGCCUCGCCUGUGGUUGUUUUGGAGCUGUGCAUUGAGCAGGCGGAGGCAACACAAAGGAUAUGAUGUUCAGUCUGAAUGCUCCCCAAAGUGAGGGUUAUGUCCAAGAGCUCUUCCAUGAGGAAGCACAGCAGGUAUCUCGAACGCAGACCAAGCCCUGGUGGAAGAUCCAGCUGUUUGUAUGGGAGCCGGUGCUUUUUGGAACAUGGGAUGGUGUCUUCACCUCCUGCAUGAUCAACAUUUUUGGAGUGGUUCUUUUCCUGAGGACAGGAUGGCUCGUGGGAAACACUGGCAUUGUAAUGGGCAUGUUUCUGGUGUCCUUUGUCAUCCUGGUUGCCCUGGUGACAGUCUUGUCUGGAAUUGGAGUGUGUGAAAAGUGCAGCAUUGGAAGUGGAGGAGUCUACUCCAUGAUUUCUACUGUCCUUGGAGGUCAAAUAGCGGGGACCAUUGGCAUCCUUUACAUUUUUGGCCAGUGUGUUGCAGGUGCCAUGUACAUCACUGGCUUUGCAGAGUCCAUUGCAGAUGUCCUGAGCCUCAGCAACAUCUGGGCAGUGCGUGGGAUCUCCCUGGCUGUCCUGUUUGGCCUGCAGGGGAUCAACCUGGCUGGGGUGAAGUGGAUAAUCAGGCUCCAGCUCCUGCUGCUCCUCCUGCUGGCUGUUUCAACACUGGACUUUGUCAUUGGGUCCUUUACACACCUUGAUCCAGAGAACGGCUUCGUCGGCUACUCCGCAGAGCUGAUGUCCAACAACACGCUGCCAGACUACAGCCAGGGGGAGUCCUUCUUCACUGUUUUUGGAGUGUUUUUCCCAGCUGCCACAGGUGUGAUGGUUGGGUUCGACAUGAGUAGAGAUCUCCGGAAGCCUGCCACCAACAUCCCUCUGGGGUCUUUGGCUGCUAUUGGCACCUCGUGGUUUCUGUACAUGGUCUUUGUUUUUUUGCUGGGAGCCAUCUGUACCCGUCAGUCACUGCGCUAUGACUUCAUGAUAGCAGAGAAGGUAUCCUUGGUGGGUUUUUUGUUUUUGCUAGGGCUGUACAUCUCAUCCCUGGCCUCCUGUAUGGGAGGGCUGUAUGGAGCACCGAGGAUCCUGCAGUGCAUUGCCCAGGAGAACGUGAUCCCUAUGCUCACCUUCCUUGGACAUGGGAAAGGCCCCAACAAGACUCCAGUGGCUGCGAUUUUCUUAACAAGUUUCAUCACUAUGGCUUUUGUCUUCAUUGGGCAAGUAAAUGUUCUUGCUCCCAUAGUCACCAUCAACUACAUGUUGACAUAUACUGCUGUAGACUAUUGCUAUUUCUCUAUCUCCUUGAGCCACAACAUUCAGCAGAAGCCUGACGAGACCCAGAUGGAAACUGCUAGACCUGCUCACUCUUCCCAGCCUUUAAUUUUCAACAAGCCCUCAAGCCGUGCACCAGAUGGAGUAACUCAAAGCAGAUCAAAUGGCACCUUGCUGGAGUUCAAAAAAGACAUGGAUCAGAUUUUUAAACCAUUUUGUAGUGAGCCAGGUACUUGCAAAAAAGAAGGAGCUGAGAAUUUAACCCGAAAGACCAAACAAAAGGUGAAGAAGCCAGCCAAGCAGACAUUACAAGACAGCUUUCUCCUGGAUCUCCAUCAAGAUGCUGCCCCAGCUCAGUACAGCUGGGAUGAGACCACGGAGCCCCACAGCGAGAGCCAGCGGGACCUGGAUGAUCAGGGCUGUCAGAGUGAUGCAGAAACAUCUAUAAAGCAACAAAAUCCAGAGCUGGGAAUUCAGCAAAUACCAGAAGCCUUCUACUCCAGAUUUUUCAGUCACUGGGUGUCCUUUGCUAUUGCAAUUGUGUCCCUCAUCAUAACGUUUGUCAUUCAGUGGAUCUACACCCUGGUCAGCCUGGGUGCAGCAGUUAUUCUUUAUUUCUACAUUGGCAAAGUGAGCCCAGGACUUCCCCUUGGAGCAGCAGCAAAUUUCAGUUUCUUUGGCUGGAUUAAGUCGGUUUUGAUCACUUUGUGCAGGAGAAGGCCAUCUCCCAAGGAGCAGAUUGUAGUGACACCGUCCUUUGCAACAGUUGGCAUGGAGACCAGGCAGCUCACCGAGGAGAACGCUGACUUUGCCUCGCGGGACCGCUAUCACCAGUCCUCACUCAUCAGAAGAGAGGAAUUUGGAAACCAAUUCCAGUGAAGGACACACACACAAAAAAAAUCAAUCCAUUACUUCAAAAAGCAUUUAGAAGUGCUAAUGGGUGCCGCGGUGCCUUGUGAAAUACUUGAAUUAAUGCAUAAAGAAUGUGAAUAGUUAUUUAUGUAUUUGAAGCUUGUUUGUUUAUGCAAACUACAACAUUACUGGGCUUCAAAUCUUACCCAAACUGAGGGAAAAAUUGGAAAUGAAAGGGCCAGUCCAAGGGAGUGAUGAGUUUCUGAGGACAAUAUAACUGUUU